CCAAGCUUAGCUGGCAAAGUUUCACAGCGUCUGGGCAAAGAAAAAUGUUGGCGUGUCAAAUGGCUGAAGAAAAGUGACAAUGAACAAUGCAAAGGAGAUUUCUUAAAUGAAAUUAAUGCUUGCUAUCACCAAACUCAUGGACACGACUUUGGUGUUUCAACCGGGUGGAAAUCUUUUGCCAAUUUAUAUAGUGUUGUACCAGGGGAGUUGAUGGUUGUGACAGGGGUUCCUGAUUUCAAAAAGAAUGAAUGGAUUUAUGCUCUGUUUGCGAUGAGGCAAUUUUUGUCCUCUUCGGCAGAGAAGCACUGA